ACUUUGAACGGUCGAAAUCCCACAUUUCCAAAUCUCUCUCUUUCUUUCUCUCUCUAGUUUCUCUCUCUACCCCUACUACCACUCACUCUCUCUGUGCUGACACCCAUUUUUAGCACCUCACCCAACAACAAUGGCGGCUAUGGCGCUCAUUGGGGCGAUAACUGUUCCAUCCAAAACUACCCAUCUUGCAUUUUCGUCGUCUUCCUCUGUUUCCGGCGAUAAGUUUUUACCGACGCUUUCGUCGUCGUCUCGUCGCCAUUGCCGAUUCUCUUACGACGCUAAACGAGCUCCAAUUGUUGCCUCUCCUAAGGCUGUUUCUGAUUCUCAGAAUUCGCAGACUUGUCUUGAUCCUGAAGCUAGCCGCAGUGUUCUUGGUAUUAUACUUGGAGGUGGUGCUGGCACACGUCUCUACCCGCUUACGAAGAAGAGAGCAAAGCCUGCAGUGCCCCUUGGUGCUAAUUAUAGGCUAAUUGACAUCCCAGUGAGCAACUGUUUGAACAGUAACAUUUCCAAAAUAUAUGUUCUUACCCAAUUCAAUUCUGCAUCUCUCAACCGUCAUCUUUCCCGGGCAUAUGCUAGUAAUAUGGGAGGCUACAAGAAUGAAGGGUUUGUAGAAGUUCUUGCUGCUCAGCAAAGUCCAGAAAAUCCAAACUGGUUUCAGGGUACAGCUGAUGCUGUUAGGCAAUACUUGUGGCUAUUCGAAGAGCACAAUGUUCUGGAGUUCUUGAUUCUAGCUGGUGACCAUUUGUAUCGAAUGGAUUAUGAAAGAUUUAUCCAAGCUCACAGAGAGACUGAUGCAGACAUUACUGUUGCUGCACUGCCGAUGGAUGAAAAGCGUGCUACUGCAUUUGGAUUGAUGAAAAUUGACGAAGAAGGAAGAAUAAUAGAGUUUGCUGAGAAACCGAAAGGAGAACAAUUGCAAGCUAUGAAGGUUGAUACCACAAUCCUGGGUCUAGAUGAUGAAAGGGCAAAAGAAUUGCCAUUCAUAGCUAGCAUGGGUAUUUAUGUUAUCAGCAAAGAUGUGAUGCUAAACUUGCUUCGUGAUAAAUUUCCUGAUGCUAAUGAUUUUGGAAGUGAAGUUAUCCCAGGCGCGACUUCCAUAGGGCUAAGAGUUCAAGCUUACUUGUACGAUGGUUACUGGGAAGAUAUUGGUACAAUCGAGGCCUUUUACAAUGCCAACUUGGGUAUCACCAAAAAGCCGGUGCCUGAUUUCAGCUUCUAUGAUCGUUCAUCUCCAAUUUAUACACAACCUCGGUAUUUGCCUCCUUCAAAGAUGCUUGACGCCGAUAUCACUGACAGUGUCAUUGGUGAAGGCUGUGUGAUUAAGAACUGCAAGAUUCAUCAUUCUGUUAUUGGUCUUCGAUCUUGCAUUUCGGAAGGUGCAAUUAUUGAGGAUACGCUGCUAAUGGGUGCUGAUUAUUAUGAGACUGAUGCUGAUAGGAAACUCCUAGCUGGUAAGGGUAGUGUACCUAUUGGCAUUGGGCAGAAUACCCAUAUAAAAAGAGCUAUUAUUGACAAGAAUGCGCGGAUUGGAGACAAUGUUAAGAUUAUUAACAGUGACAAUGUACAAGAAGCAGCAAGAGAAACAGACGGAUAUUUCAUCAAGAGUGGUAUUGUCACAGUAAUCAAGGAUGCCUUGAUUCCGAGUGGAACAGUAAUCUAAAAAUGGUGCAUAUACCAAGCAAAAGUACCUCUAAGUAUCCCACUGCAAGGCCUCUCCUACCUCUUGCUUCAAUCUUUGAGUAUGUAAAUAUUAUGAUCUUUGUGCCGAUGGGCAGCGGUAGUGCUAUAAAUUGGACGAGAGGAUAUGAGAAAUGGUAUUGUAGAGACAUUUUGGCUUCUGUAGGCACAAAAUUUUGUUUAAUGCCAUACCAUAAUAAAUAUCUUGGGUUAGAGAAAAAAAAAAAAAAAAAAAAAAAGAAGAUAAUAAUCCAACCCUGUUCACUAGUUUCAGUAUUUCAGAUCUAAAUAGUGGCUGAUAUUGUCCCAUACUAGUAAGUA